AUGUUGCGAAGCACGCCGCCGGGGAACUGGAGAAAGCGAAGGGAGGAGGAAGAAGGCAUCCACGAGGAGAACGAACCCGCGGUGCAGCCAGAGGAGGGCGAGGACAGCGUAUCGUCAGCGGCAGCGGGAGCGGAGACGGAAUUCGACAUGCAGAGUGGAGGCAGCGAAUCCGCCGCGUCGCCUUUUUGUGCGCCUUCCCUCUUCGAUGAGAGAUCGGAGGGAGAGCAAAGGGGAGACAAUGUCGAGAGCAGGGAAGCGGCGGAGGGAGCACAUUCUCCCCACCCAGAGCCUUGCGGGGGCAGCGAGAGCUCGAUGAGCAGCUUCGACGUACUCAGCUCAAAUGUCGAAGAGGACGACAGCGACGACGAUGAGGAUGAAGACGACCCUGUAGGGGUUUUCUUGGAUACGCGCUCGGGCGUUUCCUCACUCACAUGCGCCGGCCUCGCCUCGCUGACAGGUGCGUCCACCUCGUCUGCCGCGCUGUGCGAGCGAGACGACUGCAGCCCCGUGAGGCCGCCAGAGCUUCCUACCACCCCGGGGCGUUUAUUUCUACCGCCGCAGGCGCGGUCGUCCUCAUGUGGAAACCCUGCCUUUUCUCCCAGUGCUGAAGCAGAGCGCAGUGGAGAGGGAGACGCGCAUUCGGCCGGACGUGGCGGUGUCGCCGGCGUCGAGGGAGGAAGGCUCGGUGCAGGCGAGGGCCUCAGGGAGCCUGACGCGUCUGCUGCGGUGUCGCCUCUCACAGCCGUUCCGCGAGGCCUCGCGGGUGAAGGUCAGAAACAAAACGGCCAAGCGGCUGUCUGCAUGUCGUCCCUGGCCGCGGGUGGAGACUCGCCGAUUCUUCAGAGAGGCGCUCUGUGUGAGUGCAGCGGCGCUGCUGGCGGCAUAGGUGGACGCGACGAGUCCUCACGCGUGGAAGAAGACCGCGAAGCAGGAGCAAGCCUGGCGUGCGCAGGUUUUCCCUCGCUUUUUGCAGAGAGGACUGCUCACGCCUGGGGUGGAGGCGCCGGAGCAUCGCAGCAGGGCGAAGAACUGCUCCCGGAAGCCGAGCGGAAACCCGACAACGAGGCGGGCCUGAGUUUCGAGAGCGGCGCGGCAGAGAGACAUCGAGAGGCGCGGGAGCGUGAAGCCGCGGCGGCGUCGCCUCGUGUGUCCGGGCAGUUGGGAGAGAACAGGCUUCAGCAGGGAGACGCUACAGGUGCACAGAGCGACGUCGCCGAAGCUCAGCCGGCAACUGGGGGCGAUGCAGUCGUAGAACGAUCCGGCAGUGGUCUUGAAGGAGAAAUGUGGACUGAGGUGGAGAGGAAAAGCGAAUUUGCCUGCUUCGGAGAUCCGAAGUCCGAGCUCUCGGGAGACGACAGGCCCAGCAGUUUCGGGGACUCGGCCUUGAACAGCCGGCAAAGCUGCCUGCAGGACGCUCGGGUCGAUGCCAAAGUCCAGCAGCUGCAGCGAACGGUGAACACUCUCAAGGAUUCAACCGAGGGCGAAUUACUUCGUCUGCGGGAGAAGAGUGAGGAACUGGAGGCCUUGGUGUAUGCGUUGGUGUCGUCCUCCUCCCCGUGUUCGCUGCCGCCCUGUCCGUCUCCUGCGUCGUUCGAGACCGCAGUCUCGUCGCGGUUCGUUGGGCGACCUGCGACCUCGUGUGACUCUUGGCAGGUCGGCGAGCCGUUUCGGGGCCUGGCAGGAGCCGUGGAGUGUCGGGCCUUUGGCGGCGUGCGGCUGGCGUCUCUGCCUUUCUUGUCGGCGGCCGAGACGCGGAAGCCGUCGCCCGACUGCAGACACCUGCCGAGUGAAGGCACUGAGGCGCGGCUGCCGGCGCCACCGCGCUUCGGCCUCCAGGCGCCACGGGGAGUCCCAGGCGACGCGUUCCUCGACGAGGCGCCGCGCGAGAAGCUCGGCGCGCCGCGCUCGUUCUUCAGCCAGGCCUCGGCGUUGUUUGCGAUUGAAGGCAGCUCUGCGUGGGUCGAUGCGCAGCAGUACGCGACGGCAGUGCCGUCGAAUAUUAUCCUCGCGGCCAGCGAGGCGCCUGAGGGCGCGGAGACGCCGACGGCGCGCGAGGGUGGCGAGAAGAAGAAAAUGAAGAAGCGCGGGUUCGACGACGUCGUCGGCAGGCGAGUGUCCCCCUCCAUAUCGGCUUUUUCGGGCCGCUUGCAGGAGACUGCGGCCUUCGGUCUCGCCGCGCACGGCGACCGCCCGACGCAGCAUUCCAGCGGGAGAGAGCGAGAAAGCCGUCGAGGCGGCGUGGGCGCCAACGACGGCGCAGCGCCGACCGCGGCACGUGCUAGCGCGGGUGUCCCCUUCCUGUCAAUGCAUCCGACCGACUCGCGACUGCCAGCGGCGCUCGCAGCGGAGACUUCUGCGGAGGCACAGAAGCCGAAGAAGACGCUUGCGUCCGUGGUCACCUUUUUCCAGAGUCGCGCGAAACAGUCGGGCGUGUGCACUCUCAGUGCGGCGGCCUCUGCGGCGCAGACGACGCCCUGGGUUGAGAAGCUACGCGAAGUUGGCGAGCGGCUCGUCUUCGAGGCGAAACGCGAGGCGCAAGAGAACCAGGCGAUGGGGCAGGAGGACGGCGACGUGACAGAAACAGAGGAAGACGAGUGCGAGCGCGAGGAACGAAGAACGGCCUCUUUUUGGGAUGAACCCGAAACCCGGAGCCCAGAUGGCGUCGCGGCGGAGACCGUGAGCGAGGACGAAGAAGACUACGCAUUCGUGGUCGGGGAUGCCUGCGACGCCUGGGAGGCCGACGCGCCGCAGAGAGAGGCAGGCGAGGACCUCGGCGGCGACGCGCAGGACGCGGAAGACGCCCAGCAGCCGGAAGACGAGAAGAAGGCGGCCGAAGGCGCAGACGCCGUCAGCGGAGCUCAGGAGAUGCACAGGAGAAAGAACGUCAUGCACAUCAAGUCCUUCUUCGCGGGAACAGGGUUCUUCGGCGGGUCGCAGGGUGGGAGGGGGGCGGGCCGCGAAGAAGGCGCCGACCCAGAGUUCGCGUCGACGCAGGAGGAAGACGAAGAAGACGGCGAGCUGUCUGAGGACGAAGAGACCUACAGGUCGCCAGCCUCUCAGUCCGUGCCGCCGCCGUGGCUGGCGGAUCUGCUGCCGUUUCUGAAUCCACUGAGCUACCCUGUGCGACUCCUCGCGCGCGUGUUGGGUUUGAACAUCAACGGGAGCUUCGAUCGGUGGCGGACGGAAGUGCAGCGGCAGUCGCUGCGGGGGACGGCGGUGCUGGGCGUCCUGGACGCGACCGUCUGCGUGGGGCUCGUCGUGGGUCUGGUCUGUCUCAGUCUCUUUGUGGGACGUGUGCUGUUCAAGACGAUGUACGUCCACGUCCAUGCCAUCGAGGAGGAGAAAGUCCCGCACUACUUCGAAGGCUUCACGUACAAAUUCUGGGGAAAGAAGCCGAUCUACUUCUCCGACGUCCAGGGGCGCGACGCCGCCUGGGUCGCCCAGCGCGUCAACUGGUACCGACCCCACGGAUACUGA